CGCAGGGGCAGGCGGCUGGCGCCCGCCCCGCUCCUCACAGGAGCCGGCGCCCCCGGGCAGCCGCGGCGGGCUGCGCGACAGCGAACCGGCCCGGCCUGAGGGGCCGCCGUGUGCCAGCAACGACGAGGGAGACGGAGGCGAAGCCAGCAGGGCAGCUGCCGCCGCGCUCUUUUUAUGUGUGGUAAAUUAAGCCUAAACAAAAGCGUCCCAUUGAUGGUGGGUUACAUCCGCUUCUGCUGAAUAUCCAGGGCUUGGUUUCUUAAUUAUGGAUAAUGAGCUGAAUUUGCAGAGACCUCAAACAUUCAGUGACUUUCGAAUCCCAUUAUGGACAUACAUACACGUAUAAACUUGGAUGUUUCAGAACAGUUUGAAGAAAAAAGGGAGCCCCAAAUGAGGAAGUUUGCCACAGAUGCAUGAACUAUAAUACUGUUGUUGGGAACUGAAAGACGACCAGAAAUCACAUUCUGAAGCAUGGAUUUCAUGGAUUCAAAUUCCAACACUGUGGUUGUAACUGGUUUUGGUCCUUUUAGACAAUACCUGGUUAAUUCUAGCUGGGAAGCAGUGAAGGAGCUGUCCAAGCAAGGCCUUGGUAAAAACAUAGAUCUCCAUAUUAUGCAGCUGCCAGUGGUUUAUCAAAAAGUAAAGGAGAGAGUCUUCAAGAUAUGGACAACUCUUCAGCCACUGCUUACUGUUCAUGUUGGGCUGGCUUCAUCCACCAAAGCAAUCAUCCUUGAGCAGUGUGGGAAGAACAAAGGCUACCAAGAGAUGGAUGCUUGUGGUUUUCACCCAGAAGGUGGCUGUUGCAUGCUAGAUGGUCCGGAAAAGAUUGAAUCUACAAUUAAUAUGAAGACUAUCUGGAAAAACAAUUCAGUGGAAGGGAUUGAUAUAAUCUUUUCCAGAGAUGCAGGAAGGUACAUCUGUGAUUACACUUAUUACACUUCUCUGUAUUAUGGCAAUGGAAGAGCAGCUUUCAUCCAUGUACCUCCAUUAUCCAAAUGGGUAACGGCAGACUUUCUAGGAAAAGCAUUACAGAUAAUUAUCUUAGAAAUGUUAAAACAGUGUGUAGAAGAGAGUAAGAAAGUUCAUUUAGAGAAGUAACUAAUAUUUCUUAGGAUACAAUUCCUUAUAUUUUAAACAAAGUAUCUCUGAAGAUUAUUUAAAACCCUUACUUAGAUAAAAGGAUUUUAUGUUAUGUUAUUUUCAGUGAAAUCUUCUUACAUAAAGCAAACAACUGUUUACAUCUCUCUCUAGUGUAAAAAGCUUGAGAAUAAAGCAAAUGAUUGACAGUUUGCACUACUAAAAA